GCUCGUUUCCAACGUCGUGAUGAUAAUCAUCGAAGUCGUCAUCCGCUAGAUCUCCUGGUUGUCCUCUUCAUCAUCAUCACCCUCCCCCAAUCCUCCUCCGCCGUCGCCGACGUCUUCGGUUUCUUCUCGCCAUCGGAGCAUUUGCCGCUAUUCGAAAACGCCAGUCUAACCAACGAGCUGAGCUACGGCAGCGGUGGUAACAGAUGCGGCCGCAAUGACGGCCGGCGCCACGAUCGAAGCCCUGGGUCCGUUGCGGCUGUCCGCGAAUAAAUCCCAUGCGGACGCCGAACAGAUACUCGAAGUGGUAGUGGAGGAGCUCGGCGGAGAGCACACGGGAGUGUCUUGUACCGUCGAUUUGCCGCCAGCGGUCACCAAAAACUCGUCACCAUGUGAAAUUUGUUUCUCCGGCGAGGACAAGUCAAAACGUCGUGAAUGCUGUGGAGUGUUUGUGUGUACUUUGUGUUUUGCUGAGUAUUUGGAACGUAAAGUUACGCGAUGUGUUGCUCGUAUCGAGUGUCCCAACUGUGAUAAGUUCGUGUCGGAUCGUUUGGUUCUGCAAAUUCUCGAAGAAAGCGGCCGAACCCAAGUCAGAGACGAGUUCGCUCGACAGAUCCGCGGCGACAAACGAUGUCCGCGCUGUGCCACAAUCGUCGUCCAGUACGACGGCGGCAAAUGCCCACACUGCUUCCUGGUCUGGUGCUUCCGCUGCGAUGCGAACCACGAGGGAGUCUCGUGCGAUCUCUACAGUUCAUCCCACCUCAGUCAGCUGAAAUCCUGGGCCAAGUCAAUUUCGGAGGGUCAAUGGAACGCUCAGAAGUGCCCACGCUGUAAAAUCUACAUACAGAGAGCAUCUGGCUGUGACCACAUGAACUGCGCGCAUUGCCGAACGCAUUUCUGUUACCGAUGUGGCGGACAGCUCCGUCACAUGAAGUUUUUCGGUGACCACUACAGCAAACUGAGCGUGUUUGGCUGUAAAUACAGAUACAAGCCAAACAAACCGUUUCAAAGGAAACUGAUCAGAAGCGCUGUGUUUCUGGGUCGAUUAAUCGCGAUCCCGCUGGCUGGCAUUGGCGCUCUCUGUGGGCUCACGGUUGUCGCGCUGCUCGCUCUACCGAUGUACGCGGGCUAUCAUGUGCACAAGCAUUUCAUGUCGUGUUUCGGGCGUAGGUCGCCAUCGUCGUCAUCAUCGCAGGAAUCGAAAGCUCCGGAGGGAAAAGUCAAAGCGGAGAAAGCCAAUAAUUCUCCGGACCCGUGAGAACAGUUCUGAGCGAUUGUCUGUGAUCUCCUUCCAGAGUCUCCAGUUGUCUUCGAAGCCGAGGACUAUUCAUCGCCCAAUGGUAUUUCUCGUGCAUUCAAUUAUAAGCUCCAGUGAAAUAAAGAGAGCAUUGCUCCAGAG